AUGUGUGGAGUUGUGGGCCUGAUCCUGGCGGACACGGAGUCGUACAACGUGGACGCGGCCGUGGAUCUGCACGAGAGCCUGUACUACCUGCAGCACCGGGGGCAGGAUGCCUGUGGAAUUUCGACAUGUGCAGACGGCGGACGGAUUUUCCAGUGCAAGGGCAACGGGAUGGCGGCGCAGGUGUUCUCGGAGGGCAAGCGGGUGUCGGACCUGCCGGGCUACAUGGGAAUCGCCCACCUGCGGUACCCGACGGCGGGAACGAGCUCGAGCGCGGAGAGCCAGCCAUUCUACGUGAACUCGCCGUAUGGCAUCUGCCUGGCGCACAACGGCAACAUCAUCAACGCGCCGGACCUGCGCGAGUACCUGGACAAGGAGGCACACCGCCACGUCAACACGGACUCGGACAGCGAGCUGAUGCUCAACGUGCUGGCCAACUACCUGAACGAGACGGGCAAGGCGCGGGUCAACAUUGACGACAUCUUCAAGGCGCUGUCGAAGAUGUACGAGCGGUGCCAGGGUGCGUGGGCGGUAACGGCGAUGAUUGCUGGAUUCGGUGUGCUGGCGUUUCGUGACGCACACGGGAUCCGGCCGCUGGUGAUGGGCAGCCGGCCGUCGAGGACGAUCGAGGGCGGGACGGAUUAUAUGAUGGCGUCGGAGAGCAUCGCGCUGCGGCAGCUGGGGUUCAAGAACGUGCGCGACAUCCUGCCAGGCGAGGCCGUGUUUGUGCAGAAGGGCGGGGAGCCGCGGUUUUGUCAGGUGGCGGCGCAGCAGGCGUACUCGCCGGACGUGUUCGAGUACGUGUACUUUUCGCGGCCGGAGACGGUGAUCGACGGGAUUUCGGUGCAUCGCAGCCGGCAGAACAUGGGGGUCAAGCUGGCGGAGAAGAUUCGGGCAACGCUGGGCGAGGCGGGCGUGCGGGAGAUUGACGUGAUCAUCCCGGUGCCGGAGACGAGCAACACGUCGGCAGCGGUGGUGUCGGAACGGCUGGGCAUCCCAUUUUCGAACGGCUUCGUCAAGAACCGAUACGUGUACCGAACCUUUAUCCUGGCACAGCAGGAUGCGCGGCAGAAGAGCGUGCGGCGCAAGUUGAGCGCGAUGGAGUCCGAGUUCCGGGACCGCGUGGUGUGCCUGAUCGACGACUCGGUCGUGCGCGGCACCACGAGCCGCGAGAUUGUCAUCAUGGCGCGCGAGGCGGGAGCCCGCAAGGUGAUCCUGGCCAGCUGCUCGCCGCCAAUCCGGUAUCCGCACAUCUACGGCAUCGAUUUGGCCAGCCCCAAGGAGCUGAUCGCCCACGGCAAAACGCGCCAGGAGAUUGCCCGGUACAUUGACGCCGACGACCUCAUCUAUCAGGACCUCGCCGAUCUCUGCGAGGCCUGCACGACGUCGUCGCCCGAUCGCGCCCGUACCGACUUUGAGGUCGGCGUGUUUUGCGGCCAGUACAAGACCGACGUGCCGGCCGGCUACUUUGACCAUCUCAACAAGGUGCGCAGCACCAAGCACAAACCGACGUCGACAUCCGUGCUGGCCGACUCGGACGCCGGUGGGCUUCCCCAGGCAGUUGGCGACGGGGGCCCGACCAACGUGGCCGUGCCGGACAACGGCGACAGCAAUGGUCACGUGGCUGACGACAAGAGGUAUGCGGAGAACCGGGACGACAUUAGCAUACACAACAUGGCGUCGGACAGGUGA